AUGUGGAUUCGGGAGCAUCUUUACUUCAAUGGUUUCAGUAAAAAUUAUUUGAAUUGGAUUUGGCAUGGCGAGGCUGCGGAGAAGGAUAGAUUAAAUUCGAGUGUCAACCAAGAGCCAACUGAUAAUUGUCAUAAUGAUUUUGAAACUGUUAAUUUGUGUGAGGUAGCGUAUGAUAACCAUACAGAAAAUCCAGAAGCAUUUAUGAAGUUUUUGGAGGAAGCAAAGAAGCCACUGUAUAAGGGAUGCAAACGUUACACAAAGUUGCGUACACUUGUAAAACUGUACAAUACCAAAGCAAGGCAUGGGAUGAGUGAUGCUCUAUUUUCAGAUCUACUAGCAGAUUUUGGGGACAUGCUGCCAGAUAACCACAAUCUGCCAUCGUCAAUUUAUGAAGCAAAGAAGACGUUGAGUUGUUUGGCUUUGAGUCAUGAAAAGAUUCAUGCUUGUUCCAAUGAUUGCAUCCUUUAUAGGAAACAAUAUAAAGACUGCGUAAGUUGCCUGAAAUGUGGCUUAUCAAGAUGGAAGCUAACCAAGAAAAAUGUUAAGAAGAAAGGUGUUCCUGCCAAAGUGGUUUGGUAUUUCCCUACCAUACCAAGAUUUAAGCGCAUGUUUAAAUCUUUAGAAACUUCCAGAAAUUUAACAUGGCAUGCAGAUAGCACAAGAGUUGUUGGUCAGUUACGCCAUCCAGUUGAUUCACCGUCAUGGAAAUUGGUGGAUCAUAUGUGGCCCGACUUUAGAAGUGAGGCAAGAAAUAUUUGCCUGGCACUUGCAGCCAAUGGAAUUAAUCCUCACAGCAAUCUUAGUAGUCGCUACAGCUGCUGGCCAAUCAUGCUGGCCACAUAUAAUUUGCCUCUAGACAUGUGCAUGAAAAGGAAAUUCAUCCUGCUAACGAUGCUCAUUUCAGGGCCAAAACAGUCUGGAAACGAUAUAUACAUCUACCUUGAGGUUCUGGUUGAUGAUUUGCAGCUGUUGUGGGAAGGAGUUGAUGGAGUUUAUGAUGCCUAUCGAAGGGAGGUUUUAUCUCUUAAAGCAGUUCUUUUAUGGACCAUCAACGACUUUCCUGCAUAUGGUAACCUUAGUGGAUGUACUACACAUGGUUAUUACGCAUGCCCAAUAUGUGGUGAGGAUACUUAUGCAAAGCACUUACAAAAUGGGAAGAAAAUGUCAUUUGCUGGGCAUAGACUAUUCCUACCACGAUUUCAUCCAUAUCGGAGGCAAAUAAAGGAGUUUAAUGGCAUGGAGGAACUUGGUGAAGCAGGUAGGCCAUUAUCUGGAAUUAAGUUGUUUGACAAGCUUUCAGACAUAACAUGUGAGUUUGGAAAGAAAACAAGUGGAAAAACCAAGGACAAUGUGGCAGCUAGAUUGGACAUGGUUCAGAUGGGAAUUAGGCCUCAAUUGGCUCCUAAAAUUGGUGAGAAAAGAACAUAUCUACCUCCUGCAGCAUGCUCAUUCACAAAAAAUGAGAGAUUACAAGUAUGUAGGUCAUUAAUGGAUAUAAAAGUUCCGGAAGGUUUCUCAUCAAACAUGAAGAAUCUUGUCUGCAUGGAUGAGAUGAAGCUGAGUGGCUUGAAAUCACAUGAUUCUCAUGUUAUAAUGCAGCACUUCCUGCCAAUAGUCAUACGUAAUUCUCUGCCAAAAUAUGUUAGAUAUGCUGUCAUAAGAUUAUGCUUCUUCUUCAAAGAUAUUUGUUGCAAGAUUAUCGAUGUAGCCAAGUUAGAUAAGCUGCAAUCUGACUUGAUCGUUACACUCUGCUUAUUGGAGCAGUAUUUCCCCCCUUCUUUCUUCGAUAUCAUGCUCCACUUAACAGUUCAUCUUGCUCGUGAAGUCCAAUUAUGUGGACCAGUCUACUUCAGAUGGAUGUACCCAUUUGAAAGAUGCAUGAAGGUGUUGAAAAGUUACGUAGGCAGUCAAAAAUAUCCGGAAGGUUGCAUUGUUCGGAGAUAUGCAGCAGAAGAAGCAGCUGAAUUUUGUUCAGAAUAUCUCAAUGACCUUGAUCCUGUUGGGGUCCCUAAAUCACUACGUGACCCAAACGCAAGCAUUCCUGGAUUCUCAGCAAGCAAUUCAUCAAUCAUCGUCCAACAAAUUGAUCUCCAACAAGCACACUUGACUGUUCUAGAAAAUACAGAAGAAAUAUCUCCAUACAUUAUGAAUGCAUGUCAGGUGGCUGCUAAAAUCGAUAGUUGCAAUGGUGGAAUGACAUCGUCAUUGAGAUGGCUAGCCCAUGGACCACGUGUGCGAGUCUUAAAGUGUGAUAACUAUGUCAUAAAUGGUAAUUUAUACCAAACAAAAGAGCGGGAUGAUGAGAAAGUUUGUCAAAACAGUGGUGUUUCUCUACUUCCCAACACGAUGCUUGUUUGUAGUGCCAAAGAUAAGAAUCCCGUGUUAGAGAAUGUGACUUUUUAUGGAGUUAUUGAAGAGAUAUGGGAACUAGACUAUCAUCAAUUUCAAGUUCCUCUUUUCAAGUGCGCAUGGGUAUCAAAUGACAAAGGAAUACAAUACAAUGAUGAAUGUGGCUUCACCUUAGUUAAUCUGAACAAACGAGGCCACCAGAAGGAUGAAUUUGUGCUUGCAAGUCAAGUUAGACAAGUAUUUUAUGUUGCUGACCCAUUGAACAAAGGGUGGUCAAUAGUGCUUCCAGUUCCAAAUAGAUGUUACGAGGGAGAAGAGGAUCUUUGGACCAGAAUUCCCGAAGCUCGACCAAUUGAUAAUGUUGAUAUUCAUUGGAAAAGAAAAAUGCGUCCUAAAAAACAGCGAAAAAUAGGAAAAUAUGAUGAGCCACGUGUAGUUGAGGACACCGAACUACACCAAGAUGCUGAUGGGUUAGCCGCUGUAGAGCUACGAGGAGAGACUGAAAUAGAAGAACCUUCUAUUACUGGGUAG